UGAUAUUUACACUAAAACGAUUAAGUGCGACAUUCGAGACGACGGAACCUGUGCACAACAGAUUAAGAUGCACGGACACACUUUGACGAUGCACAAGGAUGUUUUCCCAUUUUAGGUGUUGAGGGACGGCGGGCAACAAAUGGGAGAAACCGAAAGCGUGAGGGUCUGUGUAAUAAAUAUAAACAACCGUCAUCGUCUUCUUGCAUUUUGUGGCAUUGGGCUGACGCAGUAACGUUUGUAUUGUUAGUGCAGCUGGACUGAAGGCAUCAAAUUAAACAGAUUGUGCAUACUGAAUGAAUAAUUAAACUUUAUAAACCUACUGAGGGCAAGUUGCUGACCGCCAUGGGACACAACCGGUCACACAGUAGGUCAGUGAGCAGAAACCGGGGUUUGCCGGAGAAGAAGGUCUCAAAGAAAAAGAAGAGAGAAAGCAAAAGCCAGAGUCUUCAUGAUAGGAAAGACAGAAGUUCAAAGCAAAAAAAGAGGAAGCAUUCCGACAGCAGUAGCUCAAGCAGUUCCUCUCCACACAGAAAACGGCAUAGAUCCCCCAGUAAAGACAAAGAAAAAAAGAAGAUGAAGCAGAAAUCAAGGUCUUCCUCCUCCUCCUCUUCAUCUAGUUCUUCUUCAAGUUCCCAGUCAUCCUCCUCUUCUGAAUCCAGCAAUAGUGACUCUAAGUCAAUGAAGAAGGACAAACGUAAGCAUAAGAAGGACAAAGAGCGGGAGAAGAAGAAGAAAGAAAAAAAAAAGAAGCAGAAAAGAAUGAAAAAGAAAAUGAUCAAAUUGAAAAAACAAAUGAAGAAAGUUAUUCCUACAGAAAUGGCUCCCAGGAAGGCAGAAGAAGCAGGAUCUUCUCUUGUAAUGUGGCAGAGUGACAACUCUGUGGAAUUAGGUCCUGUCAUGACGGAUGAACAGAAAGCACGCUUCAUGACCCGGAGACCUAUCACCAAAGAGGAGUGGGAUGCCAGGCAGAGCGUCAUCCGGAGAGUUUUGGAUCCAGAAACUGGGCGCACAAGGUUGGUUAAAGGAGAUGGAGAAAUAUUGGAAGAAAUUGUCAGCAAGGAGAGACAUAAAGAAAUCAAUACGCAAGCAACACUAUAUGAUGGAUUGUCUUACCAAUCAAGAAUGGGACUGAAUAAAUAAUAUGGAUUUGAACUGUGGCAACAAUUGUUUUUCUUUUCCUGCUGUUGUAUCUUUUGCUGGACAGAAGACCUCUGUUAAAAGUUCAGUUUCACUGUGUCCACUGGUGCUGUUCUAACAUAAAUAUUAUAUACUAUUGUUUGAUAUGUUUACAUACAAAAGGCACAAUUAUUUGUUUAAACUCUUAAUUUUCUAGUGUUAUACAUGUUAUUGGUAUGCAUUAGUAAGCCUCACUUAAAAAGAAAAGUUGAGUAGUACCUCUUGCAACUAUAAUAAUAUUACUACUACUACUAUUAAUAAUAAUACCAAUAUGACAAGACCAAUGCAGUCUUUGUAUAGCUUUGAGGUUUUUCUGAAAAGAGCAGAAAAUGUUAUAAUUAUAAAUACUAGAAAGAUAUCAAAUGUUUCUUUCCCACCAUUAAAAGAAAGAAAUGACACACUAAUAGCUUGCUCAAGAGUAAACUUCUAUUUACAGCAAAUGGUCGAUUAUGACAGUACACAGGGGUUUUUCAGGCUAUAAAUUUGUAUAUACAGAAAACACUGAGGAAAAAAAAGUCCAAUUUCUUUAAAUCCACAUAACAUACAAUGAUACUGUACACAUAGCAGACCCAGGCAUUCGAACACUGCACUGACAGCCAGAAAAAAAUAAAUAUGUAAUUGUGGAGUAUAACACAGAUCUUAACAGAUCAAAAUAUUUUGCACACUUAGACUGAAAUAAAUACAAAAAAUCAUAAUUGAUAAGCAGCAGUUUAAUUUCAGGAAUAGUUUUGUCGUUUUAUACCUGGUGUGCAGUCACCUUUCACAUCUGGCAAAUUAUUCUUUUUAAAAUUAUCUGUAAUAUGCAGUUGUGUUCAUAUAUAAUUCUUCUCUAAAAUGACACUCAAUAUAAAACUCACUGAAUUUGUAAACAUAUCUAGGAAUUUUGAAUAAAACCGUUACGAUGCAUCAACUGUCCACUUCCCCAAUAUAAUGAAAAAUAAAUAGCAUUUACAGAAUUGUACUGUGCUGAUUAAACUAGGUAACACUUUCCUUUUUAAUUCUGUGAAUGAAAAUUUUUAGCAGCUAUUUACAAAGAACUAUUUUUAAAGGUAUGAUUUUUUGUAUCUGUAAAAGAUUUGUGGACAAGAUUUAACUGGGGCUGUGAAAAUAAAAUUGUUUAUUUCUA